GAAGGAAAGAAAAGAAUAGACAGGAAUGCGACUCACAGGACCAAAAUCAAAUAAUCUUUAUUUCUACCUUGCAGAUGCUGGGCAAGGUUCUACUGCAGGCGACGCUGGCGGUGCUCGCGGCCGCUUAUACCCAUCAGGUUCCCCCCAACUUCCAUCUUUUGCCUUAUGUCUAUCGCCACUCCCCCUUCCAAGCCCCGCCCACUGCAUCCUACACCCACUUCAAUGCUUUCCAAGCCCCGCCUACUUUCCAAGCCGCGCCUACUUUCCAUGCCCAGCCUACUUUCCAAGCCCCGCCUACUUUCCAUGCCCCGCCUACUUUCCCUGCCCUGCCUACUUUCCAAGCUCCGCCUACUUUCUUGGCACGCCCUCUUUCCCCGUUCCCUUAACAGUACAAAGCAGCGUCCGUUCUCCUUCUCAGUACCAGAAGAUCUAUUCAAAUCCGUGGCAGUUUCUGACGCCGGUGUCCAGGAGCGAGAUCCAGAAUCUGCCGUGUCCCAGCCAAGGUUUCUACGCGCAUCCCUCCAACUGCUCGGUCUUUUACAGGUGCGUGGACUACAUAGGCACCGGGGUGUCCUUCGCCAGGUACCUGUUCUUGUGCCCUGUCGAUCACAUCUUCGCUGAAGAGGCCAGCACCUGCAUCCCGGGAGACUGCAGCAGCGAGAGCCCCGAGUCUCCGGCACCAGGGGAAUCAGUGACCGACGCUCCUGCGGUGGUUGAACCUGCAGUACCGACACAAACGGUAUUGCCGAGCUCUGUGGAACCGUCCACGGUAGAACCUGCCGUUCCUGACGCCGUAGAACCAUCUACAGAUAGCCCAGUAGAACCUAUCGUUCCCGACGCCGUAGAACCAUCUACAGAUAACCAAGUAGAACCUGCCGUUCCCGACGCCGUAGAACCAUCCACAGAUAGCCCAGUAGAACCUGCCGUUCCUGACUCCGUGGAACCAUCUACAGAUAGCCCAGUAGUACCUGUCGUUCCCGACGCCGUAGAACCAUCUACAGAAAAGCCAAUAGAACCUACCGCCCCUGACUCCUUAGAACCAUCCACAGAAAAUCCAGAACCUGCCGUUCCUGACGCAGUAGAACCAUCCACUGACUCUCCUGUGGAACCUGCGCCUGUGGAACCAUCGGUUGAGAACCAGGAGUGUACAAGAUUGUUCAUCCAGCACACCAAGUACUGUAAACGUGUACCACCGGUGUGACGAGCCGAAGACCUUGUACAUGUGCCCCGCCGGGACAGCCUUUGAUCAGAGCCGGCAGAUGUGUCGCAUAGCUGCUCAUGGUGAGAUUUUUUUU